AUAACAUGCAUUAUAUGUCCUGUUGAUAUCAUUGGUCUGAACAUGGACCUACAUGGCCUGUGAAUAAUAAGAAAACCCGGAAAUAUCAGCUGAGUUAACUCGACUGCAAUUCUCCAGAACAACGUCGCGAUCACCCUACGGAAUAAUUGCACUUGCUCAACUACACAAAGUAUAGGUACAGUAAAAGGAGGCAUUCUUUAGCGUGUGGUGUAUAUAGGCGAAGUGGUAGGAAAACAAAAACACGUAGGAGGCAUUCUUUAGCGUGUGGUGUAUAUAGGCGAAGUGGUAGGAAAACAAAAACACGCAUUUCUAAAGCUCAACUUCUUUGUAUAUUAAACCCGGUGUGCGUCUUCACUACAAACAAAACGUGAGUUUAUACAGGUAUCCGGCGUAUUUAGUGUUGCAAGUAAACAGCUGCAGACGACUCGAUGCGUGCCUGGGAUGAGGCGAAACAAGAAUAUAUCUUCAUUAGCUGAUGAUGAUGAGUUUGACAGUUGUCAUCGGAAAUCCGUGGCCUGUAAAUUUGUUGUUCUGAGAUGAGUGUUCUCCCCCAGCUCUUACAAGACCUAACGCAGUUUAUGACGAUCGUUUUUUUUAGCAAUCGUGCUCUCCUUAAACCGUGCGUUCACUUGUGUUGUGUUUGUGCAGUAACUGCAGCCGUCUUCCAAAUUGACUUUUUAUAAUUGGUGUUUACAUUACAGUUCAGUGCUGUCUUCUGAUAGUUUUUGGGUGCCACAUUUUAGUGAUAUCAAACCUAUUUAAUAAUCUAUUAUCUACCAUAAAAUUUCAUCGACGAUAAUUGUACCAGUCAGAGACAACUUACCAAUGCCUUAAAGCCAGGUGGGUCGACCUGAAAUUUCUCUUCUACUUUUGGUUUUUUUGAGGGGCUGAUCUCCCAAGGAAGUUACUUAUCUCGUCGUCGGACAAACUUUUCACCCAUCUCUUAUUCCGAAGAUGCGAUCCAUGGCGCCGUUUGUUUUAGUGGUAGCGAUGUUGGCUGCAGGGAUGCUCCUGGUAGAUGCGUACCCCAGUGGACCACCCCUCUCGGCUUGUAGCAAUAUGAGACCAACUGGUCACGGUACCAGUACACUCACAGGGACCACGCCCUUCUCCAUCACAGCCAAUACUACCUUCUAUAACCCUGGAGAGAAUAUUGAAGUGACCAUAUCUGGCGCCCAGUUCAUUGGAUUCUUCGUUCAAGCAAGGCAGCGGGAUGCUGGGAGUGACAUGAACGCUGCAGUAGGGACCAUUACACCGGGUAAUACCAACAUUGGAAAGACACUGGACUGCUCUGGAGGUACAAAAAAUGCCUGGUCGCACAAGACAAAUGCUCCGAAGACAAGCGAAUCGGCAAUUUGGACAGCGCCAUCUGAUGACCACGGAACGAUAGCUUUCAGGGCAACUAUUGUACAAGGACCUAGCAGUGAUCGAUAUUGGACUGAUGUGUAUUCUGCUAAUCUACCCUUUGGAGCUCCAGCAAGUCCCACCAGUUCAGGGGGAGGUACGACUACCGAUAACGGGAACGGAUCGAAUGCUGUCUCUGGCUCAUCAGUCCUCCUUGUUCUAUCAUCAUGUGUGCUAGCUGCAAUAGGCCUACAGCUAUAUUUUGGAUUAUGAUCCUCAUUCAUUAUCGCACAACAUUAUGCACAACAGAGGUGGAGACUUCGCGAAUGAUGCUAAUGUUAAGCUUUAAAUUUCUCAUCAAUAAUAUUACGCGCAUUAAAAUUUUGGCGUAAUUACCCCCACCCUCCAAAAAAAAAGAGGAAACAAUGGGGGCGGGGCACUCCAAGUUGGUUGCGUAUGGAGCAACAUAGACGAUUUAAAAUUAAUAUCUAAAUUUUAUGAUUGAUUUUGAUAAAAAAUAAUAUUCAAUAUUUAAGUAAGAAGUAACAGGAGCCUAUAUACUCUUACUGUUUAUUCUUGGUCGUGAAACUUUGGGGAUAAAGUGCCCCUCCAUGCUCCCAUCUGUACGACAGUGGUGUUUUUCUCAGUAAUUUAUAAAAUGAUUUGGGAAGUAGGCCCUAGGCUUAAAUCGUCCAUAAUGCGCUCUGCGCAAGAAUCAAUUUAAGACGAGAAGUUACAUGAUGGACCGAGACAAAAGUUGUAUUGUAGGUCAUAUAUUUUAGAGGUUGAGAAUUGAUUGAUUGGCCCUCUAACAUGUGCUGGUUGUCAUGGUUACAGCCAGGGACGGCGCCAACAGAAAGUGGCGGGGGCGACCGCCGCCCUGGGUUGAUUUUGUUA